UCUGAAGUUUCUCUAUGGCGGUGGACACAAAGCACUGAAACCGUGGGAGUCUGGGAAACAGAAAGAAGGGUGCGCGAGUGCAAGGAGGAGAAUUCGGAAAAAAAAACUCAUUUGUAAAAGACAAGAUAUUGAAAGAGUUUAACGCAUGGUUUUACUUGUUUUAUAAAUAUAAAAGUUCGAAGGUGUAGAGGGAUUCGUGUAGCUGUAGCUAAAGUUUUGAACUUUUGCUUUACACGGGCAGAUAAUGCGUUGGUUUAUUCAAGUUGUGUUUUCAUUGACCUGUUUGGCUAUAUGUAGCCACAGUGCUAUGGAUGAAUGCACUGAUGAUUCGAGUCGGCCUCAGCGAUGCAUGCCAGAGUUUGUCAACGCUGCUUUCAAUGUCACUGUGGUAGCUACCAAUACUUGUGGCUCUCCCCCAGAAGAAUACUGUGUACAAACCGGCGUUACGGGGGUCACCAAGUCGUGCCACAUCUGCGAUGCCAGGGAUCAGAGACAACAUCACAGUGCUGUGUACCUCACCGAUUACAACAAUCAACAGGACACCACCUGGUGGCAAAGUCAGACUAUGUUAGCGGGCAUCCAGUAUCCAAACUCAAUCAAUCUAACUCUUCAUCUUGGCAAGGCUUUUGACAUCACUUACGUGCGACUCAAGUUCCACACCAGCCGCCCAGAGAGCUUCGCCAUCUACAAGCGCACAAGUGAGGAUGGACCAUGGACGCCCUACCAGUACUACAGUGGUUCCUGUGAGAAGACCUACCAGAAGUUCAACAGAGGCUUCAUCCGCACCGGAGAGGACGAACAGCAGGCCCUCUGCACAGACGAGUUCAGCGACAUCUCACCCCUGACUGGAGGAAAUGUGGCCUUCUCCACCCUCGAGGGCCGACCCAGUGCUUACAACUUUGACAACAGCCCAGUUCUUCAGGAAUGGGUGACAGCCACAGAUAUCAAAGUGACCCUGAACAGGCUCAACACAUUUGGAGAUGAAGUUUUCAAUGAUCCCAAGGUCCUAAAGUCCUAUUACUACGCUGUCUCAGACUUUGCAGUGGGAGGAAGGUGCAAGUGCAACGGCCAUGCGAGUGAGUGUGUGAAAAACAACGGUUUCGACAAGCCGGUUUGCAACUGCAAGCACAACACAGAGGGUGAUGACUGCAAUGUGUGCAAGCCGUUCUACAACGACCGUCCCUGGAGGCGAGCUACAGCCAAUAACCCUAACGAGUGUCUGAAGUGCAACUGUAAUGGCAAGAGUGCAGAGUGCUACUUCGACCCUGAGCUGUACCGUGCCACCGGCCAUGGAGGACACUGUCGCAACUGUGCCGACAACACUGACGGGCCUAACUGCGAGCGCUGCCUGGACAAUCACUACAGAGACCGAUCUGGCAACCGCUGCCUGCCCUGCAGCUGCAACUCAGUGGGCACUCUGGCCACUCAGUGUGACAACACAGGGCGCUGCAGCUGUAAACCAGGUGUGAUGGGGGACAAGUGUGACCGCUGCCAACCUGGCUUCCACACCUUGACCGAAGCAGGCUGCAGACCCUGCUCCUGUAACCCUUCUGGAAGCACACAGGAGUGUGAUGUCCAGACAGGCCGUUGCCAGUGCAAGGACAACGUGGAGGGCUUCAACUGUGACAGGUGUAAGCUGGGCUACUUCAACCUGGACCCCCAGAACCCGCAGGGUUGCACUCUGUGCUUCUGCUUCCAACACUCCUCUGUGUGUGACAGCGCUGAAGGUUACAGCAUCGACACCGUUUCCUCCACCUUCGACAAAGAUGAUGAGCAGUGGACAGCCCAGCAGCGUGACGGUUCCAGUGUUUCAGUCCAGUGGUCUGCUGGUGGAGAGGAGAUUUCCCUCAUCUCUGAGGACUACUUCCCCAUGUACUUUGUGGCUCCAGAGAGGUUCCUGGGCAAUCAGCUGCUGAGCUACGGCCAGAACCUCACCCUGAACUUCCGGGUGGACAGGAGAGACACACGCCUUUCUGCUGAAGAUGUGGUUCUGGAGGGGGCUGGCCUCAGAGUGGCUGUGCCUCUCAUUGCUCAGGGAAAUGCCUAUCCUGGGGAGAACAUGCAGACAUUUGUGUUCAGGCUCCACGACAGCACAGACUACCCCUGGAGGCCCACCCUCCCUCAGUCUGAGUUCCAGAAGCUCCUGCACAAUCUGACAUCCAUCAAGAUCCGUGGCACCUACAGCGAGAGAAGUGCUGGCUACCUUGACGAUGUAAUGCUGAUCACGGCGAGGAGAGGUCCCGGGACCCCGGCCCGCUGGGUAGAGAAAUGUACCUGCCCUCAGGGCUACACGGGACAGCAUUGUGAGAACUGCACCCUGGGAUACAGGAGGAACAGACCAGACCUGGGGGCCUUCAGUUCCUGUGACGCCUGCAACUGUAACGGACACAGUGACACGUGCAACCCCGACACAGGGAUGUGUGACUGCCAACACAACACAGCUGGUCCCAGUUGUGAGAGGUGUGAAGACGGUUCCUAUGGAGACUCCACUGUGGGGAGUUCCAGCGACUGCAAGCCCUGCCCCUGCCCCGGAGGAUCCACUUGUGCUGUCGUUCCCAAGACCAAGGAGGUUGUCUGCACCAACUGUCCCACAGGAACCACAGGCAAGCGCUGUGAGCUGUGUGACGACGGUUUCUUCGGAGACCCCCUGGGUGAGAACGGGCCGGUGAGGGUGUGUCGGGCAUGUAAGUGUAGCGACAACAUCGACCCCAACGCUGUGGGCAACUGUGACCGAGAGACCGGGGAGUGCCUCAAGUGUAUCUACAACACAGACGGCUUCUUCUGCGACCGCUGCAAAGAGGGCUUCUAUGGAAGCCCUCUGGCCACCAACCCCAACGACAAGUGCAAACCCUGCACCUGCUCUCCGUACGGCACAGUGGACAGACAAACCACCUGUCUACAGGUCACAGGCCAGUGCCCGUGUCUCGCCCACGUCACCAACAGGGACUGCAGCGCCUGUGAGCCUGGCUUCUUCAACCUGCAGAGCGGAACAGGUUGCAUACGAUGCACCUGCAAUCCUAUUGGGUCCACCAAUGGUCAGUGUGACAUCAGUUCCGGUCAGUGUGAAUGCCAGCCCGGCGUCACCGGUCUGCGCUGUGAACGCUGCGAGGUCAACUUCUUUGGAUUCGGAUUGUCUGGCUGCAAACCGUGCGACUGCGACCCAGAGGGCUCCUCCACGACCCAGUGUAAGGACGAUGGCCGCUGCGAGUGCAGCCCAGGCUUUGUGGGAGCCAGGUGUGACAUGUGUGAGGAGAACUACUUCUACAACCGCUCUACUCCCGGCUGCCAGCAGUGUCCAGCUUGUUACUCUCUCAUCAGAGACAAGGUGAACCAGCAGAGACAGAAGCUGCAUGACCUGCAGAAUUUGAUUGACAACCUGGGCUCUACGUCGGAGGCUGUCAGUGACAAGGCCUUUGAGGACCGUCUGAAGCAGGCAGAGAAAGCCAUCAUGGAUCUGCUGGAGGAGGCUCAGACCAGCAAAGAUGUAGACAAAGGCCUGCUGGAGCGCCUGGGAAACCUGAACAACACGCUGACCACUCAGUGGAACCGUCUGCAGAACAUCAGGAACGGUGUGGACGACACGGGAACCCAGACCGACAAGGCCCGCAACCGGGUCCGAGACGCUGAGAACCUGGUCGACCGUGCCCGCGAGGAACUGGAUAAGGCCAAGGACGCCAUCAGCAAACUGGACAUCAAAACACCCUCAAACACUGCAGAUCCUAACAACAUGACGCUUCUGGCAGAGGAGGCUCGCAAUCUGGCCGACAAACAUAAAAUGGAUGCGGAUCAAAUCGAAAAGAUCGCCAAGGAUGCCAACGACACAUCCACCAAGGCUCUCAACCUUCUGAUGAAGACUCUAGAUGGCGAGGGAAAGACCAACAAAGACAUUGACGAGCUCAACAGGAAGUACAAUGAAGCAAAGGACCUGGCUAAUAACCUGGAGAAACAGGCCAACAAAGUGCAUGCUGAGGCAGAUGAGGCAGGCAACAAAGCCCUGAAGAUCUACGCUAACCUGACCAGCCUGCCACCCUUCAACACCAAAUCACUGGAGGGCGAAGCGAGCAAGAUCAAGAAGGAGGCGUCAGACCUGGACAAGCUGAUUGACAAGACAGAGAAGGAGUACAACGACCUGAGGGACGACCUGAGAGGGAAGGAGACUGAGGUCCGCAAGCUGCUGGAGAAGGGAAAGACUGAGCAGCAGACUGCAGAUCAGUUGCUGGCUCGUGCUGAUGCUGCCAAGGCGCUGGCUGAGGAGGCCGCCAACAAGGGGAGGUCCACCUACCAGGAGGCCCAAGACAUUCUGGGAAAUCUGAGAGACUUUGACAAGAGGGUGAACGACAACAAGACAGCAGCUGAGAACGCCAUGAAGAGAAUCCCAGAGAUCAACGCCACCAUCGCUGCAGCCAAUGAGAAGACCAAGCAGGCUGAGGGGGCGCUAGGCAACGCAGACGCAGACGCAAAGGAGGCCAAGAGCAAGGCGGAGGAGGCUGAGAAGAUAGCCAGCCUUGUGCAGAAGGGUUCUGCUAAGACCAAGGCGGAUGCAGAGAAGGCCUUUGAGGACACCAGGAAGCUGGAUGGAGAGGUCAAUAACAUGAUGGACCAGCUAAGUGCAGCAGAGGCAGAGCUGGCCAAGAAGAAGGCUGAGGCCGACCAGGACAUGAUGAUGGCUAGCAUGGCAUCAGACAAUGCGAAGGAAGCUGAGGACAACGCUCGGAAAGCCAAGAGUGCAGUCAGGACCGUUCUCAACACCAUCAACGACCUGCUGAAGUCACUGGGCAACAUUGACAAGGUGGACCUGAGCAAGCUGGGCUUGAUUGAGGGGUCGCUGAAGCAGGCCAAAGACAAGAUGGCGAACAGCGACCUGGACCGCAAGCUGUCGGAGCUGAACGACGUGGCCAAGAGCCAGGAGGAGAUGAUCACCGACUACGACAGGCAGAUCAAGGAGAUCCAGUCUGACAUCGCCAACCUCAACGACAUCAAGAACACGUUACCCAACGGCUGCUUCAACACCCCAUCCAUAGAGCGGGCUUAACCCCCUCUAUCUCCGCCCCCGACUCAUAUCCCGACCCCUGUACCCUUCCUCAUAUCCCGUCUGUACCACUCCUUCCCACAUCUAACACUCGGGCAGAAUGCCACCGUUUUACCAAAACAGUUUGUCUUUUUUUUGGUCUUUUGUUUGUCUUUUUUUAAGCAAGAAGCCAAUUUAAGCCAAGUUUGAUGUUUUUAAAGAAAGGAAGAGCAUAAGCGGCAGAACCUGAAAUGAACUAAGGGCGGUCGUUAAAAACCGCGUAUCCAUUCUCCUUAGGUGCAGCAGGUUAGGAGAGGUGUGGCUUACCUCACUCCAGAAAACCCACAUGACUGCACCACCUCCAGACUGUUCCUACGCUACGACGUGGAGGAAUCACAACCUAAACCAGAUGCGUCUGUGUCAUAUUAUAUACCUUUUUUUAAUCUGAUAUGGUGUCAAACAAGUUAUCCUUACCCAUCAUUUUAGACCCAAGGGCAUGUUGGGAAUGGUUUGUCUGUGAAAUGUAUAUUUUUUUUUGCUUGAAGGUAUUGAGAAACUUUCAAUGCAUAUGUACCAUCCUCUGUGUUAUCAACCAUUUAUUAUUUUUAAACAAACCGUGAAGGAAUCCUUAAGUUUCUGUUUGCUUUGCCUCCAUUCGCUCCCAAAGCUACAUGUCUUGCAUGGAGAAAGUAUUCCUGUUACUAUUAUACAUUUUUACAGUAUUCAACACAACUAUUCUGCUCCACAUGCACAACUGAAAAGCUGUGGAAUGAAACCAGCUUGUGGGUCUUUUAAAAUGUCUCUGAUAAGUUUGCCAGUUGAGACGGGCCUCUACUGCCCAGUGAAACAUCAUGGUUAAAUAUCAUUUGAAUAAUUUAUUUUAACACUACAAAUCAUGAUUUUAGUUUGGUUUUUUUCUCCCGACACUGCUGCUUAAUACAGGUUUGCUGCAAAUCACACAUUAACAUUCUACACUACAAGGCAACAUUCUACACUACAAGGCAACAUUCUACACUACAAGGCAACAUUCUACACUACAAGGCAACAUUCUACACUACAAGGCAACAUUCUACACUACAAGGCAACAUUCUACACUACAAGGCAACAUUCUACACUACAAGGCAACAUUCUACACUAUGCAACUUUGUACAUUUGCGUAGCAAGACUUUAUCUGAUACACUGGUGCUAAUAAUGAUUUCAAAUGUUAUAUUUUUGUGUGAAUGUUUUUUUAUUCUGAUGAAGAGUGAGGAACUGUUAUUUGUGUAAAUAUAUGCUUAAAUGAUUCAGGGUUGGCUGAUUGUUAAACCCAAGACCCAACAGCCACCUCAUAUAGGUAUCUAUCACAAAAACAAUCAACUGAAACCUCCACAUAAUAUAUAAAUAUAUAUGAUAAGUUCUGUGGUAUAAUAUGCUUGCUUGUAUACAUGGCUCAGUGUUGUUGCCUCAUAGCGCUGCCAUUAUUCAUUUGUUUACUUCUCAGUGGGUGGUCACAAGUUAAUUGAUGAAUGCUUUUAUAACAAGAACCUUUGACUGACAAGAUCAGGACGUGUGUGUGUGUGUGUGUGUGUAAGGGAUGGCCCUAAAGCCAUUUGUCUACACUAAGCCUAACGUUUCAUUUGACUGAAUUUAUACGCUUGUCUCCAAGAAAAUAAGAUUGGUCACAAGUUGCUAGUUAACCAAUUUUUUGUUUUUUGUUAGUGUUUUGUGCCUUACUAUGUGAUUGUCAUCUUCACAUCACUUAGUCCCUAACGAGGGCAUCACGUGUAUUGCACACGUUGCAUUACAUUUCCGACAUACACUCGUCUCUUCGCACGUUCACUACAUGGUGUCCUUGCAUUUCAGGAGAACAGCAGGGAUUUUGUCAACGGGGCCAGAACAUCAGUCAGCCAGCCUCCAUACAAAUGAAUAGGUUAUAACCUGGAAACCAUUAGUCUUUCCCAGUUCCCAUUCAACAUCGCUCAUAUCUUCAAUACACCAAUACUCACUCCUUUCCUUACUUAGCCUUCUAUCAUGUUAUCUGUUUGAAAGUUUUGUUUAUCUAACUUUUUACCUAAUUUUAUAGAUGGUGUGGCGGGGACUAAAACGAUCUCCUCUGCAGUCAACCAUCUGUUACCCUCUAUUACUCCUCCAGGUAACCACGCUGCUGUGGACGGAUGUGCAGCACAUACUGUUUGAUGUAUUAAAACAGUAUUUCUAAUUUAUAAUGUCUCAAGUAUUUGUAUUAUUUUGUUCCUGUAGAUGAUGAUAUGUAUGUGUUGCACAAUCCGUUUGUGGUCUUUUGGCUAUGGAGUGCAUCUUCUGUUCUGUCGUACAAUACAAUAUAAGGCACCUAGUCACUGAAACAUUUCAUUUGUAAGGACCCGAGAGAACCCAGCUUGUUACCCAAGUGCCUGUAAAUUCAAUCGUAACAUUGAAGUAAUAAAAAAUAAUUACGGGAA